AUGCGAUCCCAGGCCGGCGACACCACUUUCACUGGUAAUGCAAGAACAGCUUUUGGGCCCGAAUGCGAGUCGGGUAAAAAGAAGUCGGAUGGUUUUCGUAUCCCGUUGUCCCCUGAUUUUGGUGUGGUUGUGCGGUCGCUUCCCGCACCGGGCCGGACCGCACAACCACGGCGGAUUCAAUUUGGUUCUCCCCAACGAGGAUUAACACCGGACACCGCGAGAAGGUAUGAAUCCAUUGUCCCAACAGCCUGGCUAGGACUGCUGCCCAGUGCGGAGGCUGCUGUUGAUCCCACGCGACGGCAAAGGCGGUGA